AUGGCGGAUUGCGGCAGUGCAAUGAUGGCGGAGGCUGAGCGGAGCGCGGAGACCCUCAAGGAGAAGGCGAAUAACUACUUUAAAGAUAAGGAUUAUGAAAACGCCAUCAAGUACUACACGGAGGCACUGGAGAUCAACCCAGACAAUGCCAUCUACUUUGGGAACCGGAGUCUUGCUUAUUUGCGUACUGAAUGUUAUGGCUAUGCAUUGGCUGACGCAACCCGCGCAGUGGAACUUGACAAGAACUAUAUUAAGGGUUACUAUCGCCGGGCCACUUCAAAUAUGGCUCUUGGGAAGUUCAAAGCAGCAUUGAAGGAUUAUGAUACAGUUGUUAAAGUCAGACCAAAUGACAAGGAUGCCAAGAUGAAGUAUCAAGAGUGCAGCAAGAUAGUCAAGCAAAAAGCAUUUGAGCGUGCCAUCGCCAGUGACGAGCUCAAGAGAUCAGUGGUUGAUUCACUGGACAUAGAGAGUAUGACAAUUGAAGAUGAUUACUAUGGACCGAAGUUGGAGGAUGGAAAGGUCACAUUGACAUUUAUGAAGGAAAUGAUGAAGUGGUUUAAGGAACAAAAAAAACUACACAGAAAAUGUGCUUACCAGAUUUUGGUACAAGUGAAAGAAGUAUUGGCCAAACUUCCUAGUCUUGUAGAAAUUACAUUGAAAGAGGCAGACAAAAUAACUAUAUGUGGUGACACACAUGGCCAGUACUAUGACUUGCUGAAUAUAUUUGAAUUAAAUGACUUGCCUUCUGAGACCAACCCAUAUUUAUUUAAUGGUGAUUUUGUAGACAGAGGCUCUUUUUCUGUAGAAGUCAUCCUCACCUUAUUUGGGUUCAAGCUGCUAUAUCCUGAUUGCUUCCAUCUUUUGAGAGGGAAUCAUGAAACUGACAACAUGAAUCAAAUGUAUGGAUUUGAAGGAGAAGUAAAGGCCAAAUAUACUCCACAAAUGUUUGAAUUGUUCAGUGAAGUCUUCCAGUGGUUGCCUUUGGCACAGUGCAUUAAUGGCAAAGUGCUUGUAAUGCAUGGAGGCCUCUUCAGUGAAGAUGGCAUAACACUUGAAGAUAUUAGGAAAAUAAACAGGAACAGACAGCCACCAGAUUCAGGACCAAUGUGUGAUUUGCUGUGGUCUGAUCCCCAACCCCAGGAUGGUCGAUCUGUUAGUAAGCGGGGCGUAAGCUGCCAGUUUGGUCCAGAUGUAACCAGAAAGUUCCUUGAACAGAACAAGCUAGAAUAUAUUAUCCGCAGCCAUGAGGUUAAGGCAGAGGGAUAUGAGGUUACUCAUGGAGGCAAGUGUAUCACAGUAUUCUCUGCACCCAAUUACUGUGAUCAAAUAGGAAAUAAAGGGGCGUACAUCCUCCUCAGGGGAUCUAAUCUUAUACCAGAGUUUCAUCAGUUCACAGCUGUGCCUCAUCCAAAUGUCAAGCCAAUGGCGUAUGCUAAUACAUUGAUGCAGUUGGGAAUGAUGUAGCUGUGCAAAAUUCUUUGGAUGUCUGCCAUGUUUCAAUGACUUAAGUGGUUUUUCUAUUUUAUGUUUUGUUUUGGUUUUGAUUUAUUUCCUUCCUCGUUCACAACAAAAUCAUUUUUCAAUUCUCCGUUUCUGUUCAGCCUGUGAUCUGCCAAACUUUAUAUAAAAAGUUACACUUUUUAGGUUGGACUUUAUAUAAAGAGGGUGCAUUUUUGCAAAAUGCUUACCUCUUGUCAAAAUUUUUGUCAGUAUUUUAGAACCAGAUUUUAGUGGUUAUUUUGGAGGUCUGGCGAUGAAACUUCUGUUUUUCACAGUUUUUUUUUUUUGACUGAAUCUCAUUUUGAAAACGGUUCAUCAAUAUCGGGAAAUACUAUUGCUUCUGCACAUAAGGAACACAUCUUUUGUUUAAAUUCCUCAUUAACCACUGUGAAUACAAAUGUCUGUCAUUUCCCAUGUUAGACAAUAAUUAUUUUAUUCUGCAACAAGCCUAAAUAAUAUUUUUUAAAUAGAUUAUAUUUGUGAUUUUUUUUUCCCCCAGUUUGUGUGAGUGCUGAGCAAAAAUAAUGACAAUAUUUUAACUAAACAAAGGAUCCUUUUGGGCAUUUUUUGACAUUUCAGAUGUAAAAAAAAUAUAUCUAGAAGUUUUGCUGCCGGCGCCUUUCUAACAUCUGAGGGUCGAGCCCCACUGUGCCGAACAUCCGCUAACCAUGCUCCUGACAUGACCAGGAUAAACUUCCGACUCCUGACUCUGAAUAAAUGGGUCACAAUCUUUUUUUUUUUUUUUUUUUUAUACAGAUUUUGUUUGAAAUUCAAACAAUAUUUGUGUACCGUGUAGAGAGUGAAUGUGCAAUCACCUAAGGUGCUGAUCUGUGAUUUAGCAUUGUGUCCAACAAAAACGCGUUGGGGCUUUUUAUGGAGGGUAUCAUUGUGGUUUUUUUUUUGUCUUUUUCUCAUGAAGAUAUUUUUAAGCAUUUUUUUGGCAUUAAUAAAUAACUAAAGUCGUAAGUAGUAAUGGUUCCCAGGUUCUGGCUAAGAAAUGAAUCUUUAAAGUAUAUCUAAUAAAUAGCGCAGUACCUAGUUGCUUCAGAACAACUAUGUCAUUGAAUUUUUGCUGCAAUAUUAUCACAUCAGUAGCAUCAACGUGCCUUGUUUUCAGAAGUUGAAUAAAAUUGCUUAAAAGUCGUUUAAGAGAGUCCAGGGAACUCUUGACCAGUUUUAAUGGGUUGACCAGCCACUCGUGGUGGAGAUUCAGCUCUUUUCAUGUAUAAUCUUUUUUCUUUUUUACAAUUCCUAUAUAACUGUAAACCAAAAGACAAAAUCAAGCAGCUACAAGCUGACUGUCCUUAAAAGGAAAAUGUCGGCUGACUCUGCUUGAAUGGGUUAACACUGGUUUUCUGCAUAAACCCAAAAAUAUCUUGCCAUGCGUAACAUUACGUGCAAAGAAAUGGACUGUUGGUAGUCCCUGUUGCCAGAUUUGAACAGAAAUCACAAAGUAAGUACUUGUCCAAAUUUGGCAGCAAAAGCACUUCUUUUUUAGGGAGCGUUAAUGUUUGUGAAAAGAUCUGCGUUUUUUUCUUUUUUUUUACAGCAGUUGAUCCUUAUUUAUACUUGCCUGCAUCCACUGUUUAUUUUAAUUUGUUUAACAGAGGCAAAAAGACUGGUCAGCAAAAUGUAUGCACUAGCCAAGUAUUGUUUAUUUUUGAGGGGGUUGGCAAGUUGACAAAUUUUAAUUAAAAAAUAUAUAUAUUUCUUAAAUGUAUAUGUUAACUUUAUUGUGAAGGAAUUAAGUCCUGGUUUUGGAAAUUUUAGUAACAGCAUAUUUUCAUCACUUUCUGUGAACAUAAAACUGCAAACAGUUAGGUUGUUAUCUGCAUUCCUUAGAAUAAAGAAUUUUUUCCCA